AUGGCCCACUGGAGAGAGGAGUAUCUGGCCGCGCUGAGAGUUCGCGAUCAAAGGGAGAAGGCCAACCUCGCUCUCUACGAUGCCUAUGCUCGACUGGCGGAUCGCACUGCCCAGCCGACAACUCCUGUAGACACAUCUGAAAAUCGCACAGAAGCAACAAGACCGUUGGGCGGUCUUAAUGAAGCUCAACGCAGCGUUUCCUCUCCGUCUACAGCGCCGUCCAAAAGGCAACCACCCUCUGAAGCGGGUCUCUCGUUGACAGACCUUUUGAAAACAACACGUACAGACUUAUCUGAAGCACAAAAGUCUCGUUCGGAAUUGCAAGAUCAGUUGAAUCGGAUUAACACAGAAGCUGAAAAGCUGCGCAAAAAGACCAGCCAAGAUGCCCGGCGACUCGAUGCCUUGGCAAGUGAAAGAACACACUUGCAACUGCGAUUGAAAGACCGAGAUGAAGAGCUGAGGGGAAAGGCAAAGCUGCUGGAGGAUUUCCAAGAUGAGAUGGCCACCUUGAACCUCCAGCUCAAUAUGGCCGAACAGAAAUCGAACAAACUCCAACGUGAGAACCAAGAGCUUGUGGACCGUUGGAUGACGAGAAUGGGCCAGGAAGCCGACGCCAUGAAUGACGCCUCGAGAUUCUCCUAA